CUCAAAUUAGGUCGCUUGAAGGAGCUAUCAUGGUCCGGUUGCCCGCAGGAGUCAAGGGCCACCACUUGGAUGAUUCUCUCGGGCUACCUACCAGCCAACAUUCAGCGUCGCGAUGCCACACUGGAGCGCAAGCGAGACGAGUAUCGUGGAUUUGUCGGGCAGUACUACGGCACGCGACUGGAUGCUCAAAACCAGAAGGCCUUUCAUCAGAUCCAGAUUGAUGUUCUUAGAACGAGCCCUGCGAUUCGGACCUUUCAACAGCCAGUCAUGAAGGAGAUGUUAGAGCGAGUCCUUUAUAUUUGGGCCAUCCGUCACCCAGCUUCGGGCUACGUACAAGGCAUGAACGACCUCGCCACUCCGUUCUUUGCCGUCUUCCUGCACCGCCACACAGGCUUGGAUAUUGCAGAUGUUAAUUCGGGUGAAGUUGACGAGGUAGACUUGGGAAGCGUCGAAGCUGAUACCUUUUGGUGCUUCUCUCGGCUUUUGGACGGCAUCCAGGACAACUACACGGCUCAACAGCCCGGUGUACAGGCUAAGCUGCAAUCCCUGGAAGAACUGAUGAAGCGCAUUGAUUUGCCCUUGCACGAUCACUUGAUGAGUUGUGGUGUACCUUAUGUGCGCUUUGCAUUCCGUUGGAUCAACUGCAUGCUGAUGCGCGAGAUGCCUCUCCAUUGCAUCGUGCGCCUGUGGGAUACAUAUCUGGCCGAGAGCAACGGGUUUGCCGAUUUCCACGUCUAUGUAUGUGCAGCCUUUCUCAAGACCUUUUCACAGGAGUUGCAGAGCAAGUUUGACAUGGAGGACUUGAUGCCAGCGUUGCAAAAUUUGCCCACGAGUGCGUGGCAAGACGCAGAGAUUGAGCUUCUGCUAGCUGAGGCGUUUCGGUUGCGUUAUACAUUUGCCGACUCACAGCAACAUCUCCGACCUACCUGAUCCCCCAUAAAUUUUCUUUAAUCCCCGAGUCGGACCGAGCAGGGUCGUGGAGGUGGUCGAGUGCCCGAAAUUGAGCCAUCGAACAGU